CAACAUGGCGGCUCCCCAAGACGUCCACGUCCGGAUCUGUAACCAAGAGAUUGUCAAAUUCGACCUGGAGGUGAAGGCGCUUAUCCAGAGGUAAAUAGCAGAGAUCAGGAUGCGUUACAAUCAGUAGGCCAGUCUCACUGUACACAUGGUGUCAUUUCAUUUCAUUGCCUCGGGAAAGGCCUCUCAUCUCUUCAAUGUCUCCCAGGAUAUUCGUGAUUGUUCGGGACCUUUGAGUGCACUUACCGAACUGAAUGCUAAAGUGAAAGAGAAAUUUCAACAGUUACGUUACAGAAUACAGGAGCUUGAGCAGUCGGCUAAAGAGCAAGACAAAGAGUCAGAGAAGCAACUUCUACUCCAGGAAGUGGAGAAUCACAAGAAGCAGAUGCUCAGCAAUCAGACCUCAUGGAGGAAAGCUAAUCUCACUUGCAAAAUUGCAAUCGACAAUCUAGAGAAAGCAGAACUUCUCCGGGGAGGAGAGCUCUUAAGGCAAAGGAAAACCACCAAAGAAAGCUUGGCCCAGACGUCCAGCGCCAUCACAGAGAGCCUCAUGGGGAUCAGCAGGAUGAUGUCGCAGCAGGUCCACCAGAGCGAGGAGGCCAUGCAGACUCUAGUCAAUUCUUCACGAACAAUCCUGGAUGCAAAUGAAGAAUUUAAGUCCAUGUCCGGGACCAUCCAGCUGGGCCGGAAGCUCAUCACCAAAUACAAUCGCCGGGAGCUAACGGACAAACUUCUCAUCUUCCUUGCUCUGGCCCUGUUUCUUGCUACGGUCCUCUAUAUCGUGAAAAAGCGGCUCUUUCCUUUUUUGUGAGACCCCAAAGCUGCCAGCUUUGGCUCUUCCAGCUGCUGUGUCAGGGUCCGUCCAGCUCCUGAGCGCCAGCCCAGGCCGCCAGGCCAAGCCACAGCCGCGCUUGCUCCCGCCACUCAGCAGCUCGGGGAGAUGCAGCUGCCUGGUGUUCUGCGAGUGGCUUGUGGAGGGCGAGCAGAGCAAUGGGGCAGGCCGGUCACUGGGACACCGUCAGAACACAGGGGUCCCUGAGCACUCAGAGCCCAGCAGCCAGGAUGUGAUCCCCCUCCUCUCUCCCUGUCCCACUGAGCCCUAAAUGCCAGAUCUGGUGGAGGGAAGAGAGAAGAGGUGGGAAGAAGGAUGAUGAAAACUCACAGCCAUUCCUUGAAUAAACUUGAUUGUAUUUAAUAGAAUAAAACGCAUUUGGUUUUAUAAGGUA